CAGUCAGUAUGCCAUCGAUUUUUCCCGCUGUUGCUUCGUGUUUCGCCAGCGUUUUUGUUGUCCUAGGACCGUGAGUCAGCUGAUUUCCGCUCGGUUUUCUCUUCGGCGGACGAUUUGUUGUGACACUUCAUCUGACAGCUGCAGUUGCAUUUUCAGCUUCUCCUGCAAUUUGCAAUUAAAUAGUGAACUUAAUAGUUUAUUGUGUGUGCGCUGGCCAUGAGCCAAAGAAAAGGCAGAAAUGCUUGGCGGAAACGGAUAUUGUCAGAUCCCAAACAUAAUCAGCGAAAUUCCAAGUGAAACCCAAAAGCGGAAAUAGAAAACCUCACGAACUUGACGCGUUAGCACAAAAAAAAAACUCAGCAACACAAUCAAAAUAAAUAUAAGGAAAAUAAACGAGUGAAAGAGAGAAAUUUAAGUUUGCCGCGCCCGAAACGAAAAAAAAGAAAGGAAAGCAGAUUUGUCCAACAAAUUGCACCGGAAAAAGAGAGGGAAAAUCACUGGUAGUGCGCUCCCUUUUCAACUAGAGGGUCACAACCACAACAACGGCAGCAACAACAUGGGGAAUUCGCAAAAUCGGUCGGCGAACACCGAUGAAAAGUCACCGCCAGGUGGCGCCAGUCUAGUGCGGAUGGGAAUAGGCGAGGGAGGUGUGGGCGUGGCCGUUGGUGGAGUGGGCGGAGCCCCGGGAGAGCGACGAAACAGCCGAGUUCGCGUCCUCAGCCGUUUGAUGGGACAGAAACGCAUUCGCGAAGCAUUCCUACACUCGCCGAAAACGGGAUCGAGUUCAGAGGUCAAUUUGGGGGGCGCCGGCAGCGACGGAAGCGGCGAUUGGACCGCAGCGGAAACGGAAGUGGAGCAUGGACAAUUGGAUGCCAGCGCAGAACAAAUAGAUUUUCCGCCUGCAAAACCACCACGAUUAAGAAAGCCACUGCAAAUACAAAUUCAAAACGAGGAUCGCUGCAGCUUAAGCCAACUUUGCCAUCUUUCGAUUCAACACAAAACUAUCGAAGACGAUGAGGAAUCACUGGGAAUUCUAUCAAAAGGGGAGCAGCAAGCUCACGAAAUUCCCCCAACCACCAAGCAACCUCGAAAAAGACGCGUAGCACCGCAACCUCCACCGAAACCCCAACCGAAACCCCGGGUAGAAAAAGUGCCCAACGAUGAUCACUGUGCGUUCAUUGAGCAGCUUUUUGCAGAAACAACUCAAGCAACAGCAACAGCUACAGUGGUUGCGGAUCCCGUCGACGAAGUGAUCAUACCCAGGCAGUAUUUGCAUGCGACUAAAAUCGAUGCAAAAUCCAAACGUGAUCGUCCACUGAGCGAAAUAAGUGUGACUUCGGUGGACACGCUAUCGCCGAAUACCGCCAAAGCGGUUCUUGAGCUGCAGAAACGCUGCCGAGCAGAUAAAUUGGCCUGCCUGAGCUUAACUCAAGUCACCUACCUCAGCAUAGCCAAUGAGCUUCAGGAAGUCGAGGAGGCGGAUCAAGCCAUAUUGCUUAACACCGAACUUUUGGUAGCACCCAAUAGCCCGGCGGAAUCUUCGCCGGACGAAGAACUCAUGGCCCUGCAACUGGGCAAGAAGUUGGCCCAAGUUUUGGGCAGUGGAACGGGACCUUUGACCCCGGGAAAUAUGGAAAACGGCCCAGCAGGAUCUGCUCCUCGAGUCGAUUCGCCGCUGGGAAACGGGGAACUCUUCAACGUUUCAAAGGCCAAAAAGGUCGAGCUACAGAAUCUUUCAUCGCGAUUCACGGCCGCCGUCAGUCAAACACCACCAGGAGUUCCAGCAUCAACUCCAAGUGAAAGCGGGGCAACAGGAUUUUCAGGACUUUCGGCGGGAGCAGGAGCUUCUUCGCUGGAAACGCAAUCAACUGUUAUAAUUUCGUUUAAAUCAUCUCAAACACCUGUGCAGUCUCAAACGAAUUCUGCAGCAACAGCGGCAGCAACAGCAGCAGCAACAGCGGCGUCAGCAACUGAAAAUGUUGAGGAUGACACGGCACCGCUGCCACUCCCACCGCCGCCCCCCGGCUUCGGCACGCCCACCACGCCCCUUUUGACGAGCAAUGUGCUCAAGAAGGUCGCCAGCUUCACGGUCGAGAAGUCUUCGGCGGGCAACAAUAGCUCCAAUCCUCCGAUUUUGCCAACUGGCGAUGAGACAACCCUCUUGGCCACUCCAAACUCUGCUUCUUUGCCAUCCGAAUUUGCGGGGGGCGUGGCAGGGGGCGCUGGUGGAGCCGGGGGCGUGGUCGGGGGAACUGGCGCUUCGCGACGCGGCUCAUCUUAUGUACCGGAAAAGUUAAGCUUCGCUGCAUAUGAAAAGUUCGAAGGUCAAAUGCUGAUGAAAUGGCUAAUCUCAACGAUGCAGAGCAAUCCGAAGAGUUUCGCCAACGACAUUACCCAGGAAUUAUUCAGUUCUCUGGCCCUGCAAUUCUGCAAUAAUCUCAAAUAUGUCGGCGUACUCAAGCAGAUCUCCAAUGAGCACUUGGAUGGCGGAUUUAGCCCGUAUGAGAUGUACCAAUGGACGCACACGGAGCAGCCGACGACAUCGUUACCUUUGACCCCCGGAAAGCUGGACAAGAACGCGGCUUGGCCAUUUACGAGCACUCCGUCCGGAACCCGCGUCCUGGAGUCGGCUUCAUUGGCUUCCUUGGGAGCAGGUGCGGUUGGGGUAGGAGGAUUGGGAUUGGCAGCCACUGCCACUGCAUCCACAUCGACGGAUAGCCAGAAAACACUGCAGCAAAUCCUCAAGAAGCGUCUGCUCAAUUGCUCCACUUUGGCCGAAGUUCAUGCGGUGGUAAAUGAACUUUUGAGCAGUGUGGAUGAGCCACCGCGUCGUCCUUCGAAAAGAUGUGUGAAUCUCACGGAUCUAUUGAAUGCCAGUGAGCAGACAGUCUAUGAAUACAACAAGUCCGGUGUGGAGGGUGGUUCAAAGAGUUCCGUGGAUGCGGAAACUCAAACGGCGGAAUGCGAGGGUAGCUGCAAAUGCGGGCAAUCCCUGAGGGAAAAUUCCAAGGAAAAUGAGGAAAAUAAGGAGAAAGCCAGUGUUCCUCCCCCACCUCCUCCUCCUCCGCCGCCCGCCCCUGCGCUCUGUGCCCCGCCCCCUCCGCCGCCGCCGCCACCACCGCCGCCCGCCUUUGUAACUUCCGCUCCGCCACCUCCUCCUCCGCCACCGCCCCCAGCGAACUGUGGCGCACCACCACCGCCGCCACCCCCUCCACCCAGCGGUGGAGCUGCCCCGCCCCCGCCGCCUCCGCCCACGCCCAUCGAGGGAGGCGGGGCAAUACCCCCUCCACCACCGCCCAUGAGUGCUUCGCCCUCAAAGACCCCGAUCUCGCCCGCUCCACUUCCCGAUCCCGCCGAGGGAAAUUGGUUCCAUCGCACAAACACAAUGCGCAAGAGCGCCGUUAACCCCCCGAAGCCGAUGCGUCCCUUAUAUUGGACACGGAUCGUGACUAGCGCACCGCCCGUGCCACGCCCCCCAUCCGUGGCCAAUUCCACGGAUAGUACGGAGAACAGUGGGAGUUCGCCGGAUGAGCCUCCUGUUGCCGCCGGGGGAGAAGCCCCGCCCCCUGCGCCGCCCACCAAGGAAAUCUGGACGGAGAUUGAGGAGACACCGCUCGACAACAUCGAUGAGUUCACGGAGCUGUUCUCCCGCCAAGCCAUGGCUCCGGUCAGCAAACCCAAGGAGCUGAAGGUCAAGAGGGCCAAGUCCAUCAAGGUGCUCGAUCCCGAGCGAUCCCGCAAUGUGGGCAUUAUCUGGAGAAGUUUGCAUGUGCCGUCCAGCGAGAUCGAGCAUGCUAUAUACCAUAUAGACACAUCGGUUGUCAGCUUGGAGGCCCUGCAGCACAUGAGCAAUAUUCGGGCGACAGAGGACGAAUUGCAGAGGAUCAAGGAGGCAGCCGGUGGCGACAUCCCCCUCGAUCAUCCCGAGCAAUUUCUGCUGGAUAUAUCCCUGAUUUCCAUGGCCAGCGAACGGAUCUCCUGCAUUGUCUUUCAGGCGGAAUUCGAGGAGAGCGUAACGCUGUUAAUGCGAAAACUGGAGACACUGGCGCAGCUCUCGCAGCAAUUGAUCGAAAGCGAGGAUCUCAAGCUGGUAUUCUCCAUUAUACUCACACUGGGCAACUACAUGAACGGCGGCAAUCGACAGCGCGGCCAGGCCGAUGGCUUCAAUCUCGACAUCUUGGGCAAACUCAAGGAUGUCAAGUCCAAGGAAUCGCACACCACCUUGCUCCACUUCAUCGUGCGCACCUACAUUGCGCACCGGCGGAAGGAGGGAGUGCAUCCCCUGGAGAUCCGACUGCCCAUUCCCGAGCCAGCCGAUGUGGAGAGAGCCGCCCAAAUGGACUUCGAGGAGGUGCAGCAGCAGAUCUUCGAUCUCAACAAGAAGUUCUUGGGUUGCAAAAGAACCACGGCCAAAGUUUUGAACGCCUCCCGUCCUGAAAUCCUGGAGCCCUUUAAGUCCAAAAUGGAGGAGUUCAUGGAGGGAGCGGACAAAUCGAUGGCCAAGCUCCAUCAAUCGCUCGAGGAGUGUCGCGAGCUGUUUCUGGAGACGAUGAGGUUCUAUCACUUCUCACCCAAGGCCUGCACCUUAACUUUGGCCCAGUGUACACCCGAUCAAUUCUUCGAGUACUGGACAAAUUUUACCAAUGAUUUCAAGGAUAUUUGGAAGAAGGAGAUCACCAGUCUAUUGAAUGAAUUAAUGAAGAAAUCGAAGCAGGCCCAAAUCGAGUCCCGUCGCAACGUCUCCACCAAAGUGGAAAAGUCCGGACGAAUUUCUCUAAAGGAGCGCAUGCUUUUACGGCGCAGCAAAAACUAGUUAGAUAGCUCUAAACAUCGCGAUAGUAUAUAUAUUUUUUAUUUCUAUUUGCUUUAUAUUACACUAUUGCUAAGAAAAUUUCUCGUUACAUGGAUUAAUUCUCCACUAAUUGUUAAGUUAUAAAAUUGUAUAAAAACUUUAAACGCAGGCGUGGCUUUAAAAAUAAAAUGUCCUCUUGCUAUUGUGAUCAUA